UCGAAUUGUUACACCUCAGUGAAAGAUGCUUCUGCUUUGGCUUCUGUUAUGCUGUGCGUUACAGCUAAUGUGGCGUGAUAUGACCACUACCAAUGGAGCAUCAUAUGAAGUUAAGAUUGAUUCCUUCGUGCCAGAUCCAAACUACGACAGAACGUCGGUCACUUUAAACACCAUCCGUGUCACCCGUCGAGGCCGCAACAACUACGUUAUUUCCGGUGAUGCCGAACUAUUUCAAAACUGGGGAAACGAAAACUUGGUGAAAUACGACAUAUCGAACUCCAAAGGAGUUCCCAUGAUUCGCGGAAGCCAACCUUUUUGUGAACUUUUCAAUUCGAAUAAUUAUUUCGCCUUGAAGAUACGCAACGCAUCAACCAUUCCGCCUGGGAAAUAUUGUCCACUACCGAAGGGCCGCUAUGAGAUCGUCAACUUCCAGGUCGAAGAUGGCGAACUGCCGUUGAUAGCGGUGAAGGACACGUACACCGCCGACGCUCGGAUGACUGCUCCCGAUGGCCAUAUGGUGUUGGCUUACAAAAUUAAUUUUUCAAUUAUUUAGAACAGAUGGUAAAGUUUUAAAAUAAUAAUUAUUGCAAAGGGCAGUGGAAAUAUAUCGACAUAUAUGAAAAUCAAGUCUGCCAUUUAAUUGCCUCAGCUGGUAAUUACCACAUCGAUACAAACAAAACAAUAAUUUCU